AUGCGGUUACUAUCAGGAGCUCAAUUAGCUGUGUGGUUAUUCGUUGUCACUGCAUGGGGUAGAACUUUACAUCAGGGAACUGCUGUCAAGUGCGGUUCUCAAAAUAUUGGUGAUGGUGAUUCAAAAGCGAUGCAAUAUAUUGGUCCAUUGUCUAACUUUGAUGCGUUUUCUUGUGAAGGAUGCAAAUUACCAUAUGGAAUGCAACGAGUCCAAUACGAAAAGAGAGACACGACUCCAAUCUAUGACUCGACCACAACAAUUACAGACAUAUUCACAACAACAGAGACUACUGUACUUACAACCACUUGGCUCGUGACCGAAUCAGAUGGGUCAGUCAAGACCGAAACCGGCGUUGUGACACAAUCGGGAGACUCGUCAAGCACAAUCACCACAUUUGAAAUACCAUCGGACACCUUGUCGUACGACUCUACUACAACGGUGACAGACACGUUCACCACGACAGAGACAACGGUAUUUACCACGACUUGGAUUGUUACAAAAACGGAUGGUUCGGUUGAGACUGAAACUGGUAUUAUUACUCAAUCAGGAAGUUCGUCAAGCACGAUCACCACAUUUGAACCAUCUGAAACAGGAGCUUCAUCAAGUGCUACUGAUACUGGAUCAUCAACCAAUUCUGGGGAAAGUGGCACUGGAUCGGUUUCUCCACCUGAAUCUUCGGACGCCUUGUCAUAUGGCUCAACUACAACGGUGACAGACACGUUCACCACGACAGAGACAACGGUGUUUACCACGACUUGGAUUGUUACAAAAACAGAUGGUUCUGUUGAGACUGAAACUGGUAUUAUUACUCAAUCAGGAAGUUCGUCAAGCACGAUCACCACGUUUGAACCAUCUGAAACAGGAGCUUCAUCAAGUGCUACUGAUACUGGAUCAUCAACCAAUUCUGGGGAAAGUGGCACUGGAUCGGUUUCUCCACCUGAAUCUUCGGACGCCUUAUCAUAUGGCUCAACUACAACGGUGACAGACACGUUCACCACGACAGAGACAACGGUGUUUACCACGACUUGGAUUGUUACAAAAACAGAUGGUUCUGUUGAGACUGAAACUGGUAUUAUUACUCAAUCAGGAAGUUCGUCAAGCACGAUCACCACAUUUGAACCAUCUGAAACAGAAAUUUCAUCUACUGUUACUGGAUUCAGCAGCGAGACCGGUUUGGGUUCUGGAAGUGCAACAAGUACUGAGCCUUUGACUAACUCUGAUGAAACUAAGAUUAGUUCGGGUAGUACUUCAGAAGUCUCAAGUAAUGCUGCAUCUGAGUCAUCGGGAGAACCAAGUGGAGAACCAACGGGUAAUGAAUCUACCAGUGCUGCAUCCGAGUCAUCAGGAGAACCAACCGGAGAGCCAAGUGGAGAACCAAGUGGAGAACCAACUGGUAAUGAAUCUACUGGUGUUGCAUCCGAGUCAUCAGGAGAACCAACUGGAGAGCCAAGUGGAGAACCAAGUGGAGAACCAACUGGUAAUGAAUCUACUGGUGUUGCAUCCGAGUCAUCAGGAGAACCAACUGGCGGCAACACAGUCCUGACAACUACUGAGACGACUACCACUACAGAGACUACAACAACUACAACAACCACCACAUGGACAGUAACCAAGUCAGAUGGAAGUGUUGAAACUGAAUCUGGUAUCGUAUCUGAGUCCGGCAGUUCGUUGACCACCAUCACUACGUUUGAGCCACCAUCCUCUAGUUCUGGACUUGGAACUGAGUCCGGAUUGAUCACUGACACAAACGACGAAAGCUCUGCUGGAUCAACUGGCGGUGCCUCUGAACCAAGUGGACAACCAACAGGAGAACCAACAGGAGAACCAACUGGAGAAACAAGCGGUAGUGGAUCUGAAUCUACUGGAGAACCAACUGGAGAACCAAGCGGUAGUGGAUCUGAAUCUAUUGGAGAAUCUACUGGAGAACCAACUGGAGAACCAACUGGCGGUGCAUCUGGAUCUAGUGGCGGUGUCUCUGAACCAACUGGUCAACCAACUGGUCAACCAACUGGAGAACCAACUGGCGGCGCAUCCGAAUCUAGUGGCGGUGCCUCUGAACCAACUGGUCAACCAACUGGCGGUGCAUCUGAGUCUACUGGCGGUGCCUCUGAACCAACUGGAGAACCAACUGGAGGCGCAUCUGAAUCUAGCGGCGGUGUCUCUGAACCAACUGGAGAACCAACUGGAGGUGCAUCUGAGUCUACUGGCGGUGUCUCUGAACCAAGUGGACAACCAACUGGAGAACCAACUGGAGGCGCAUCUGAGUCUACUGGCGGUGUCUCUGAACCAACUGGUCAACCAACUGGUCAACCAACUGGAGAACCAACUGGCGGCGCAUCUGAGCCUACUGGCGGUGCCUCUGAACCAACAGGACAACCUACUGGACAACCAACUGGACAACCAACUGGACAACCAACAGGACAACCAACAGGACAACCAACAGGACAACCAACAGGACAACCAACAGGACAACCAACUGGACAACCAACAGGACAACCAACAGGACAACCAACAGGACAACCAACAGGACAACCAACAGGACAACCAACAGGACAACCAACAGGACAACCAACAGGACAACCAACAGGACAACCAACAGGACAACCAACAGGACAACCAACAGGACAACCAACAGGACAACCAACAGGACAACCAACAGGACAACCAACUGGACAACCAACUGGACAACCAACUGGACAACCAACAGGACAACCAACAGGACAACCAACUGGACAACCAACUGGACAACCAACUGGACAACCAACUGGACAACCAACUGGACAACCAACUGGACAACCAACUGGAAGUAAAGGAUUGUCUUCGAGUGGCAAUGAAUCAACCUCAUCUGGUGUUGAAAGUGCAACUACUGGAAGUGAUUCUGGAUUAGGAUCGACGACGGAGUCGCCCGGUAGCCACGAAUCUGGCUCUGGUAACACAGGUGCUGGGGGCAACGGAUCUGGUAACACAGGUGCUGGGGGCAACGGAUCUGGUAACACAGGUGGUGGGGGCAACGGAUCUGGUAACACAGGUGCUGGGGGCAACGGAUCUGGUAACACAGGUGCUGGGGGCAACGGAUCUGGUAACACAGGAGCUGGAGACAAUGGAUCUGGUAACACAGGAGCUGGUAACACAGGAGCUGGAGACAAUGGAACUGGCUCUGGUAACACAGGAGCUGGAGACAACGGUGCUGGAGGCAACGGAUCUGGUAACACAGGAGCUGGAGACAAUGGCGCUGGCUCUGGUAACACUGGUGCUGGAGGCAACGGAUCUGGUAACACUGGUGCUGGAGACAAUGGAGCUGGUUCCAAUGGCUCUGCCUCCAAUGGUGGUCCAUCUGCUCAUGAGUCGUUGCUGGCAUCACAGCCUAAAGAAUCAAGUCCUUCCAAUGUUACUACAUAUGAAGGUUCCGGUGCUGUUACUAAAGUCUCGUCGGUUACUAGUAUCAUUGUGUGCCUAGUUAUGUUGAUCGCGUUUUAG